AUUAAGUUGUUAAUCAAAGCUAAAUUGAAGGAUUCCAAAACAAUAAAACUUAUUCGACCGACAGUAAUUGUUUUCUCAAAAUAUUAAAAUCUUUUGGGCAAAUCCCAUUGCUCAUUUUGGUUUUAUAUUCAGACAGUAAAGUCUCUAUUUGAUUCGGGGUCAAUCAUGAUAACCUCCGCCAGCUACAUGCCAGUACUUAAGAGGAGAGUUUUAAGAAAUUUAUACCACAAGUUACUUAAUCUUCAAGUGUAGCGCUAGCAUCGGACUGAAAUGAAUUGCAUUGGAAUAUUUGGUAUAGCCCUGCUUUUGAUUGGUCUAGUGCAAUGUCAGACUGGAGCGUUCUUAAGCUGCUUCCAGGCGUGUCAGGCAACCUCCGAGUAUAACCCAGUCUGUGGCAGUAAUAGGGAAAACUACUUCAACGAAAACCAAUUGCAAUGCGCCGUGAAGUGUGGUAAAACAAUUUUACUUUUUUCAUUUGCAGAUAUCUAUAAGCUGCAUUCGGGAAACUGUCGGCGACUGCCUAGAUUUUAAGGAAACUCGAGGUUUCCUCAUUCCAAUAUCAUUUUAAUGAUUGUGUAAAUCAGAAGAACCAGAAUAGAAUUCGGUUGCGCCAUGGGGUCAUUCCGAAUAAUCUGGACCUGAUCAAUUUAAAUAAAAUCAGCGAUAGCAGUCAUCGUA